AGGCGCUAGCUUGUAGAUAAACCUUCUGUCAGCAUCACCGUCUUAUGUACCCCAUUUGGCUUAAGGAAGCUAGCCGAUCACUGUCACUGCCUGAGGUAAACCAAGCUGAGGAUUGGCUCGGAGCUUGUCAGAGCGUGACCUUCACAACCAGUCUCACCCCGACUACCGUCUUCUCUACACCCCCCGAGUCCGCAAAAUGGGUGGAAACCAGGACGAUCUCAGCCACGAGGAGGUUUGGGAUGACUCGGCCCUGAUCGACUCCUGGAAUGAGGCCUUGCAGGAGUACAAGAAAUACCAUAGUAUCCACGCGAAGGGUGGCAGUGUGAGAGAUUUGGAACCCAAGAACCGGACCACACCCAAGCCGGAAACUGAAAGUGACCAACCCGAAGAAUCACUUGAAGAUACCGAGAUUGCGGGAGGACCACGUGUGGUUGACAAGGGAAAGGCGGACGAAAAGGGAACAUCGGCCAUGCAGGAUGGGCCUUUGAAUCAAGGACCCAACGGCGGCCUGGGGGCGUUCCCAGUGCAAGCGGUUCUAGGAUCUGUGCAAGAUGAAAACCUCAAGAAGCUCCUCAUGUCAUGGUACUACGCUGGAUAUUACACGGGACUGUUUGAGGGACAACAGCAGGCCCAGCAGAGUCGGCAAUCGUAACCGAUGUCUUCUUGGCUGGGGCUGAGCAUCGGAUGAACAGAAGCCGCGAGGGACUGCUGCGAAGGGUGUCAAUCUACCCGAUCUGACCGAAUUAAUGGGCUGCGACAAGAUCUGUCUCAGAUGCGGGUGACUCGGCUGCGCCAAACACCGUCACUCUCCUAGCUGUGUCAGAACGGUCAAGGCGGCC